CCUUUUAAAUCAUAAAAGUGCAUAUGGACAUUACAAGUUAUUGCAGAUAUCUAGCUAGAACAAAAGACAUGCAUGACAUCGGUAAUAUGGAGCACCAACUAACGUGUGGGACGCUAAAACUAGUGACGAAUGCCUGCAGGUUGGGGGUAUAGUGGCCUUGUAGUGAGCUAUUUGGCCAUUCUUGUGAGUCGAUAUCGCACGUCAUUGUAAAGUUGUUCAUUGAUGCUUCUCAUCUACGAAGAAAAUAAGAGAAAAGAAAAAUAAAGUGCUAGUUGUGCAGCCUCAUUGGAAAAAGGAUAGAUAAAGUGAUGGAAGUCUAUCUAUUAUGUUAUCCACUGCUUGUCUACUUGGCUCGAUGACAUGGGCAAGAAUUAUAUACAGCUAAUUUAUAUAUUUUUCAUGUGCCCUUAUUUAGCCCUAACAAUGUAUCUCACUGAAGCUAGCUCAAGCUAAAGCUAGUGGAUUACCAAUUGCCUAAGCUCUCGUCCUGGAAUUGUUUAAAGAUUCAUCCAUUUCUAACUUUGGAAAAAGUACGAAUUACCCCCGGAACUAUCGCGGUUAUCCGAGUUACCCCCUGAACCCAAAAACUAGACAUUAUUCACCCUCAACUUUCAACACCGGAUAAAUUACCCCCCUCAACCCAAUCCAGACCGGUUUUGUCCUACGUGGCGUACACGUGGUAGUCCAGUCAGCAUUUUAUUUAUUAAAAAUAUGGGACCCACCUGUCAUACUCCCCUCCCUCUCUCUCUCUCCUCUCUCUCCUCUCACACUCUUCCUCUCGCUUUCUCGCCGGUCGGCGCGACUCGGCGGCAGGCUGGGGACGCAGCGACGACGGCGGGGGACGAGGAGGCGGCGGCGGCCACGGCCACGACGAGCAGCCGCCCCUCGGUGCGGGGAUGGAUGGAGGCGGGUGUGGGCGGCGGCUCGGGACGCGGAGACGGAGGCGGCGGCGGCCACGACGAGCAGCCACCCCCUCGGCGCGGAACCCCUCGUCUUCCACGUCGCCGCCUCCUCCUCCCUCGCCGACGUGGCCGCCGCCGCUGCCACCACCACCACCACUCCCCACCUCGCCGCGUGCCCUCGUGACCUCCUCCUUGAUCCCCCGCCUAUUUAUACUCGUCUCGUCACCCGCCUCAUCAUCAACAGCAGCAGCAUCAAAAGAAGAAAAAGAAAAAAGAGUGAUCUAACUAGCUCGCCUGAGUUCAUCUGCUAUGUAAUUUGAGUUAUUAGCAACAAUGGCGGCUGCUACCAUGGCGCUGAGCUCCUCCUUCGCCGCUGCCGCCGCUGGUGGCGCGCCAUGGCGUGGUGUCGUCGGCGCCGGCCGCGCCGCGGUUGGCUUCCCGCCUCGCCGGCGUGCUGUCGCGCUCGUCGUUAGGGCCCAAACCGAGCCGGAUGUGGAGCCGACGAAGGAGGAGACGACCACAUCGUCGACCCCGACCCCGACUCCGAGCCCCGCGGCGGCGGCGCCCAAGGCGAAGCCGGCGGCGAGCACGGGGCUGUGGGACGUGCUGGCGUUCAGCGGGCCGGCGCCGGAGCCGAUCAACGGGCGGCUGGCGAUGGUGGGGUUCGUGUCGGCGCUCGCCGUGGAGGCGUCGCGCAGCGGCGAGCUCCUGGAGGAGGCCAGCAGCGGGGGCGGGCUCGCGUGGUUCGCCGCUACCGCCGCCGUUCGUCCAUCCCGCCCGCCGCGCCGCCGCUUCCGCGUCCCCCGCCGCCGCUGCCUCUGUCCGACUCCGCGCGCGAGGGGGCGGCUGCUCGUCGUGGCCGCCGCCGCCGCCUCCGUCUCUGCGUCCCGCGCCGCCGCCCGCAACCGCCUCCAUCUGUCCCCGCGCCGAGGGGUGCCUGCUCGUCGUGGCCGCGGCCGACACCGCCGCCUCGUCCCCCGCCGCCGCAGCCGCCGCGUCCGUGUCACCCGCUGCCGCCUCCGCCGCCGCAUCCCCCGUCUGCGCCGCCAGCGAUAAAGCGAAAGGAAGAGUGAGAGAGAGAGAGUGAGAGAGAGAAGAGAGAGGAAGAGAGAGGGGAGUAUGACAUGUGGGUCCCACAUUUUUUUAAUAAAUAAAAUGCUGACUGGACUGCCACGCGUACGCCACGUGGGGCAAAACCGCUUAGGAUUGGGUCGAGGGGGGUAAUUUGUCCGGUAUUAAAAGUUGAGGGUGAAGGAUGUUUGGUUUUCGGGUUUAGGGUGGUAAUUCGGACGACCACGAUAGUUCGGGAGGUAAUUCGUACUUUUUCUUCUACUUUUAUUCCAAAUCAAAGAGAGAAUCUAUCUAUCGGUUAAUAUGAAAA